AUGUUCCCCUCCUUCAACCUGUCGGCCUCCAGCCCUAACCUGUCCCUGGCUGACCCCCAGAGGCUGCAGGAGCUGCUCACCCACCGCUCCAUCAAGGUGGGCAUCAUCAUCGCUUUGGGCGUGAUGAUCACGUUGGGAAACAUUGCCGUGCUGCUGGUGAUCAGCUCGUCGGUGUCCGGCUGGUCCAGGAACUCCCGCUACCUGCUGCUGUCCCUGACCGCGGCGGACUCGGCCUUCGGGCUGCUGGUCAUGCCCUUGAACCUGUGGGUGAGUCUGUUAAAGGACUACACGCAGGGAACCGACGCUCUGUGUCACGCCGUGGCCUUCUGCAACGCCACCGUCUACUCCACCUGCAUGUACACGCUGGCCACCAUCAGCCUGGAGAGGUACAUAGCCGUGUUUUACCCUCUCCAGUACUCUACUGUGAUGACCAGAAAAAGGACGCUGCUGCUCAUCUCCUUCGCCUGGUGUUUCCCUCCCGUUUUACUGUUGCCAAUCUCGUUUCCAGAUGGCAUUAUCGAGGUUCAUUUUUCCACCGCAUCACUGGUCUGCAAUCCGUCCUACUCUACGAACGUGGUGUACUCCAUAAGCUUGACGUGUUUGAUAUUUUUCCCCUGCUCCAUCGUCCUGACCUACGCCAACCUGCGUGUGUGGUGCGCGGCCCGCAGACAGCGGCUGAAGCUGCGCCGGUUCGGCUGCGCGCUCCGCCGCAGCCACAACGUGGCAGCGCGGGUGCUGGUGCCCGUGAUGGCAGCUUACUACACCUGCUGGACGCCCUGCAUGGCGGCUAUGCUCUACAAUGCGGUCUCGGGUAGCAGUGUACCAGAGUGGAUGGAGUUUGUGGUGGUGUGGCUGCCAACUUCCAACGGUUUCCUCAACUGCAUCUUCUAUUUCUGGAUAAACCGAAACUUCAGGAGGAAAUUUUAUCUUGUUGUCCAGAGGCUGGCUCUGGCCACUUGCCCUGAAUUGGCCAAAUCCCUUGGGUGCAGCAGCACAUCGGGGGGACAGUUUGUGUCAGGAUUUUUGGAUAACAGUGUCCAUGAGCGCUCCUCCAGUGUGUCCUCGACCUGUACCCUGCUGAGCACGGCUUAG